AUGCAGAAGAAAGAGGCCCUGGUGACGUACACGUUCUACCCUUCGGGGAACCAGGACCUGCGAAAUGCGGUCGCUGGGCUGGAGGGCCAGUUUCCACUGCGCAACCUACACUGGAAGAGCAGCACCCGGCCGGCACUGCGCACGAUCCAGAAGGCGGACAUCAAGCUCGUUGAGCUUGGAGACGUAUCACCCACCAAGGACAGCGUCUCAUCGAGUGUCCUCGAUACGCCGCUCGUCAACGUUUGCUUUGUGUCCUGCGAUGAUGACAAUGUGUACAAGAACAACACACGGUCAUUCAUCAAGGACUGGCUCGCGUUGCUGCAGUCAAGAAAGAACGGACACACGUUCUUGAUCGUCCUCGUGAACGCGCCGACCGCGACAGGUGUUGCACAGAACUCAAAGAACGUGUUCGGUCGCGAUAAGGGAAUCAUCGCCAAGCUCAAGGCCGACUUCAACCUCAACAAGCGGGACAUUUGUGCCCAGAUCAACCUCCCUCCGGCCGGGACUGCAGACCUUGCCGCUUGGCCUGACGUUGUGAACAAGCUCAAAGACAACCUGCUGGUCGCGUUCGAUAACGCUGUCGUGGAGCGCGAGGAGGAAGUCAAGCGUGGGGAGGCGCAGCGCGUGACGGUCGGCUGGAACUUCUGCACCUGGUUCCUGCUCAAGGAGAGUCUGGCCAACUCGUUCGAGGGUGUCAACCUCUAUGAGGAUGCGCUCGUCAUCUACGAGGAGCUCGAGGCCGCGUUCCUGCAGGUGCAGAAGGAACAGAACCUGAGCUGGUUCGGCGCGCUGGGCGGCACAGGACCACGAGAUGACUCGCUCCCUAUCCUCGACACGAGCGCCAAACCGUACCGCGACAUGCUUAUUCAAAGUAAUAUUACCGUCUUUGACUUUAGGAUAUACGUGUUUGCGCGCCAGUGCCAGCUGCUCGGCAAGAUCGGGCGCAUCACUGAGAUCGCGAAGCGCGGUCAAUGGUUCGUCGCGAGCUUGGCGAGGAAGCUGCGCGAGGCGAGGGACGACCUGCCGGAGUUCUUCAUCGAGAGCUGGACAUUCACUGCGUGUAUGGACCUUGUUGCCCGCUGCGACGAGUGGUCCCGACUAGACCGCCCAAGCGGAGACUACUCGGGCUUAAUAGCGUAUGAGUCUGCUCGCUCUGAGCUCCUAGACGUCGCGAGGAUACAGGUUGAGCGCAUUGGUGUCGCCACUGGCAAGCUCCCCGAUCGAUAUCCUUACAAGGCAGCGGUGGACGUCGCGGACAGCGAUGACGAGAAGCUUUACGCCGCUUCAGAGACUGGGAGUAUCGUCAACCCUGACGCUGAGCCAGCAUCGCCGAGACCUGUACUCUCGAAUCAGACGUUCAUGGAUGCAAUCAAGAACGAGGAGGUCUUCUUCAACCUCUAUGAAGAUUAUUCCAGACAGGCACUACAAGCGUACCAGGCGUGCGGGAAAGUUAACUCGAUGAUCCGGAUCAAGAUGGGCCUCGCAGCAUUAGCGCAGUUUGCCAACAAGUUCGACCCUGCGUUCGAGUACUACCGGUCACUCUCGAAAGACUGUCUCGAGCUGCAUAUAUGGGACCGCGUGACGAAGUUUGCUCUUGAGGGCGCCCUCGUGUGCCACGCCAAGCUCGAAAAGGAGCAGGACGCGCAGUGGGUGAACUGGGCACUCGAGUACCUCCACGCGUGUGCCGUCACGCUCGAGGCGGAGGGAGAAAAGGACCAGCUUGAGACGACAGUGGCGGCGCUGCGUGCACUGCAAGAACCACGGCAGGUGCCGAACAACAAGGUGUUCUCUAUGCAGGUACUCGACCACGCUGCCGAGUUUGACACAUGUGUCAGCCGAACAUACCUCAACGUUGAAGUGGAGAAUGCGUUGCCGAUCCUCAUGGCCGUCGAGAACGCCAAACUUGAGUUCGACUCGGAGGUAUUCGAGAGCAUAACCUACGCAACGGGACCGAUGGAGCUCAAGCCUGGCAAGCAGGUCGUCAAGUUCUACUGCUCGACCUCCAUCGCGGGCCCCAUCACCCUCCGCCAGGCUGUCGUCACCUUCGGCUCCAUCUCGGUCGUCAACGUGUUCCCGAAGAACCAGCUCAUUGUCCCCGUGCAUCGCAACCUGCUUGGAUUGCGAACAGUCCUGCGCAUGCCCACACUGAUCGACUUGAAUAAGGAGAAGCAGGUCGUCCUCGAGGUGCACACCGGACGGCAAGCAGCCAAGGCGGCGCGGCUCGUCGUCGCGUCGCUGACCGAGGAGGUGGGGUUCAUGCUCGAGCACGCCAGUUGUGAGGGGCGAGCACUCGACGUCUCGUCUCAAAGCAUCGGGAUGGGAGACCUCGUGGCCGAUGAAGUUGUCGCCAUCAAAGUCCCAUUCGCGGGCCUCCCAAGAGGCGAUCUCGCCAAGACGCAGAUUGUGGUGCAGUACGAAUCACCCACCGGGCGGGUGUGCACGUACAUCGACCAGCAGACGAUCGACGUCGGUCUCCCGAUUCUCGUCAACGUGCAGGACUUUUUCAGGCCCGAAUUGCUGGUGUCAAGCUUCACCAUCGCCUCGGACGGGCGGGAAUAUGUGCGCGUCGGUUCAGUCGAGUUGAAGACCAAGGACGCAUUCGCAAUAGAAUCCUGUCGUCCAAACUGGGACGAGCCUCUCAUCGUGACGCCGUCACAACCCAUGACAUGCCUCUUCAAAGUCAGGCCCACGGGUAAAACGAUCUCCGGUGGCCAGGCCGUAGGCCUUGAUAUCAAGUACCAGACCGUGACGGGCGAAGUCGACCUCUUGGCCCAAGCCGCGCUGGAUACGCUCCCAGAGUCGUGCGCCAAACUAGCUCGCGCGGUCCGAAACCACAUCGACGACCGCGCCGCCUGGCUGCAGCGCUACAUUCUCUCGUCGGACGUUGGGGACAUCUUCGACGCGGCAUGGCAGAAAAGUGUCUCUAAUGUCGCAGCCACGAGCAUAGAGGCCUUCGUGGCCGCCUUCCGCCCAGCCGUGCCGGUGUGGCGCACCCUGCGUGUACCGGUCGAGAUCCCCCUCCGCCGCCUCCUCACCACUGUGAACCUCACGCCCUCAGGGGGACCACGUGCAGUCUAUGAGGGGAGGGCGAUAGCAUUCGACCUGGAGCUCGCCACCUCCUUCGCUUGGCUGGGGGAGACGCCUGUCGAGCGACCUGUGGUGUCGUAUGAGCUCACGGCCAAUGCCGACGACUGGGUCAUCGUUGGCAAGAAGCGCGGCGUCUACGUCGCUGACCCCGCGACAACAGAGAGGCAGUCGAUUGUCCUCGUGCCCGUUCGCCACGGGUCGCUGGCCCUUCCUCCCGUGACUGUGCAGCUUGUACAAGGCGGCGCCCCUGGUAUCGUAUGCGAGACGUACAUUGCCAACGCGGCGCAGGGUGUCAAGGUCCUCCCCAGCCGCACAGGGAUGACGGCACUUGUGCCCAUCCAGCGCUGGGAGGAACAGUAG